AUGACCGCCAAGGCUGAAGCCAAGACAUUGGCCAAUGGUGUUUCAAUACCCGAGCCGGUGGAUGAUUCAGGUCGUUCCUCUCACUCUGGCAUUCAAGUGACGAACAAGGCCACUGAAAAGCAGAUCAUUCGAAAGAUUGACUGGUGGCUCGUUGGCUUCUAUUCCGCGGUUUACAUAUUCCGUGUGAUCGACUCAGCCAACUACUCGAAUGCCGCAAUCAUCAACCUGGAGAAUGGCACAGGCAUCAAAAAGCAACUCCGACUAGACGCCAGUCAAUGGGCAUGGACCUUAUCCAUUUUUUCAUACAGUUACCUAAUUUUUGAACCGCCAAAUACACUGCUUUUGAAGACUUUCCGUCCUUCACGAUGGAUGUUCGUCCUCAUCCUCGGCUGGGGCAUUUCGGCCUGCUCAUCGUCCGCAGUAAUGGAUUUCAAGGGGAUGAUGUGCGCAAGAUUUGCUAUCGGCUUAGCUGAGGCUGGUUUCUUUCCAGCCGUUCUUUACCAUGUAGUAUGGUUGGAGUCCAGGAAUGCUCUUAUUGUUGUAGCUGCUGACCAAAAAAACCAGAGUGCUUCCUGA